UAGUGGAGAAGCCCUUUCUGAGCAAAGAGUAUUUUUUCUCUCUCUUCUCUCUCGAUUAUUCUCUCCCCUGUUCAUCAUCUUCUUCAGCCCUUUGAAUAUUCAUAGGUUUCAACAAUCCUCCCUCGUUGACCCUAAACAGAAAUGGUGGAAACAAGCUUAGAACGAAUUCAGGAAUCCAGUUACGAUAGGAAAAGCGAAUUGAGAGCUUUUGAUGAUACAAAAGCAGGAGUAAAAGGGCUUGUAGAUUGUGGUAUGGCAAAAGUACCGAGGAUUUUCAUUCAUGAGGAAUACAAGCUUGAGAGAAAUCGUAACCAGGAUGCGGGCAACUCUAACAUUGGUAUUCCGAUUAUUGACCUGACAGGCAUCAAUGAAGAUACAAGUUUACGGAGGGAAGCAGUAAAAGAAGUUGGAGAAGCUUGCGAGAAAUGGGGUUUCUUUCAGGCAGUCAACCAUGGAAUUGCUGCGACAACUUUGGAAGACAUGAUCGAAGGCAUUCGCAGGUUUCAUGAACAAGAUAGUGAAGUUAAGAGGGAGAUUUACUCUCGAGAUUACACGAAAGAAGUGAAUUAUAAUAGUAAUUUUGAUCUGUACAGGGCAGAAGCCACCAAUUGGAGGGAUUCUUUGACUUGUGUCAUGGCACCUCGUCAACCUCAUCCUGAAGAAUUGCCUACAGUUUGCAGAGAUAUAUUGAUCGAAUAUUCAAAGAAAGUAAUGAAAUUCGGUGACACUCUGUUCGAACUGCUGUCAGAAGCUCUGGGUCUCAGCCGCAGUCACUUGAAAGACAUUGGCUGCGGGGAGGGACUUUUUGUCCUUGGCCAUUACUACCCACCAUGCCCUGAACCGGACUUGACUUUGGGUACUAGCAGCCACACUGAUAGCAGCUUCUUCACCGUGCUUUUACAAGAUCAAAUUGGUGGACUACAAGUCCUCCAUGAAAAUCAAUGGGUAGAUGUUACCCCUAUUCAUGGAGCUCUUGUGGUAAAUUUGGGUGAUAUGUUACAGUUAAUAACAAAUGAUAAAUUUAAAAGUGUUCAUCACAGAGUGCUUGCUAGCACUAUAGGUCCAAGAAUUUCAAUAGCAAGUUUCUUUAGAACACAUCUUCCACCAGAGAAUGCCUCUAGGCAAUAUGGACCAAUCAAGGAGUUGCUAUCAGAAGAAAACCCUCCAAUCUACCGGGAGACCACUGUAAAAGACUAUGUGUCACACUACCACUCAAAAGGCCUUGAUUGUAGAACUCUUGAACACUUCAGGCUAUGAUUAAUUAUCUUGCCGCCGCAAAAUACGUUGUGUGUUUUGCCAGGCUUGUUAGCACUUUCAAGUGCCGAAUUGUUCUAUGUAUUAAAGCUACUGAACUUAUGGCAGAGCACAAGCCUUUGCAUUGCAUACUAGACUAUUAGUAGACAAUAAGGCAGUGAGAUGAAUACUGCAUCCUAAUAUCACGUUUCAUGUAUUGCUUUGAUAAUUACUUAAUCAUCAGUUAUCUUACUAAUCUGUGCUAUAA